UAUGUUAUUGCUUUCAAUAAUGGUUGCUACACAUGACUUGUCAUCUCUAUCUUCAAGUAGGAUUAAAAAAUUGCAAUUUUCAACUGUGAAAUCAUAAUACCAGAUUUGUUAAUUGUGUGGUUAAUCAAAUUGCCAAUCUUCUUUUUAUCUCUGAGUGCCAAAUUUUUUAUCGUCCUUCUCUCUGAAUAUCAUACAUAUUGGUUAUCUUCUUUCAUUCAAAGAGUAGUUAAUCAUGGCGGCUUAUGCAGCUCUAGUUUCUGUUAUGCAUAUCAUAGAUACCCUCGAGAAACAUCCUACCCCUCCCAUUUCUAUCGACAAAACACAAGUUGAAUCCCUCACUCAAAAUGUUACCUUCUUGCAGGGAUUUCUUGAUGGUUAUAUUUCCUCUGUUGUAGCUCAUGGCCAUGAAGCUGAUCCAUUGGAGUGUCACAUUGCUGAUGCAGUCUAUGCAGUUGAGGAUGUUAUCGAAUCCCAAAUUGUGCUUCAAAUUCGCAAACGAUCCACAGUUGUUGAAGAUAAUGACUUCUUUCAUGAUUUACAUAAAGUGAUAGAUGAAAUGAAUCUAAUCACGAAAGAGGUGAAGAAGAUAGCAGUCGAAACUCAGCUGCAGCAAAAACCCACUAUUGCUGUCUUGACGACUUCUUCCACCGUGAAGGAAAACAUGAUGGUGGGGUUUGAAGAAGUAUUCCUUGAAGUUUUGGAUAAGCUCACUGGGGAUCACCUCAAACGCCAAAUCAUCCCGAUCGUCGGGAUGGGCGGCAUCGGAUCCGUGUGUCAACACUCAAGAAGCUAUGGAUUUCUGAAGGAAUUUUAAAACCAAGGAGUGGGAAAUGUUUGGAAACAAUUGCGCACGAGUACUUUAUGGAGUUGGUUAAUAGGAAUCUCAUUUU